CACCUUAUCUGUAAUGCAAGUCCCAUUGUCACCUCCAAGCUUAAUAUCUUUCCAAGUUUGGAACCCAGUUCCUUUAAUACAUUCAAAAAUCAGCAAAAGCAUCAAUUAUCAAGAUGCAGGCCGCUGUGUUCCUUACACCAUUAGCAUCCAUCAAAUCCCUGGCCUUGCCAUGGAAGUCUAUUCCAAAGCUACUAACUUCCACCAGGUCUCCCUCUCUCAACCUCAAGGCAGCCCCUGCUGAUCAAGAUAAUGUAACCUUUGAUUAUUACGGCUCCAAGACUUCUGUUUUCCCAGCAGAGGCUUGCGAGACCAUUGGAGGAGAAGCCUGUGAUGUUGAAAUGUAUCCCGAAGUGAAGCUCAAACCAGAGGCCAAGAAGCCCACCGCCGGGACUGCUGCAGAGCCUGUUGACCGAGACUAUGUGGAGUACGACGAACCCAAGACGGUUUUCCCGGGAGAGGCUUGUGAUGAUCUUGGAGGAGAAUUCUGCGAGCCAGAGUAUCAGAAAGGAGUUUACUAGCUACAGCUAUAGGCCACUUAAUGUAACAAAGCAUUGUUAUACUGUGAUGUACUAAUUAUUAACAAAUCUGAAGUUAAAAUACCAUGUUCUUUGCGUAAUAUCCAUAAUAAUCCCUUAAUGUAA